UUCACCCGGAUACCGAAGAUCGUCUUACACCGAAUAGAUCUCACACAAUGCAGCUUGUCUAAAGAGGAGGAGGUUCUGAAUGAGCCCAGCAACCCGGAAAACUCCACUUUACAUCAGGAGGAACCAGAACCUCUGCAGAUGAAACGGGAACAAGAGGAACCAGAACAUAAACAGUUCAAAGAGGAAGAGAAGCAACUCUGCAUCAGUCAGGAUAAAGUACAGCUUGUGGUGAAACAGGAGACUGAUGACAUGUUGGUGAACAAACAGAAAGGCACAACUGAGACUUCAAACCAAAAAAAGCACAAGAAAGCUCACCUAAAACAAAAACUAUAUUCUUGUAAAAUUUGUGACAAAACCUUUUCUCGAAAUUAUUCCUUGAAAACACAUAUGAAGACUCACACGGCUAAGAAACCUUUCACAUGUUCCACCUGUGGAAAACAUUACCCUCACAAGAGUCGUUUUAUUGAUCACAUGAGAAUUCAUACAGGGGAAAAACCGUACACAUGUGCAGCUUGUGGAAAAAGUUUCCAUCGAAUCGGCAUUUUAAACGAACACAUGAGAAUUCACUCGGGUGAGAGGCCUUACACGUGCACAACCUGUGGAAAAAGUUUUGUAUCUAAAUCUCAUUUACUUAAUCACAUGACAAUUCACACUGGUGAGAAGCCUUUCUCUUGUGAGAACUGUGGAAAAUGUUUCCGGAGGAAACCUGACUUGGUUAGUCACAUCAGAGUUCACACAGGUGAGAAGCCUUUCUUAUGUGAAACCUGUGGAAAAAGUUUUCAGAGGAAAUCUGACAUGGUUAGGCAUAUCGGAGUUCACACAGGUGAGAAGCCUUUCUUAUGUGAAACCUGUGGUAAAAGUUUCCAGAGGAAUCCUGACUUGAUUGGGCAUAUCAGAGUUCACACAGGUGAGAAGCCUUUCUUAUGUGAAACCUGUGGUAAAAGUUUCACUCAAAAAAGCAAUUUAACUUCUCACAUCAGAAUUCACACACGUGAGAAGUAGCGGUGCACUGAUUUAUCAGCCAGCCGAUUAAUCUAUGUUGAUUUCCUUAAUUUUGGGACAUCAGCUGAUUCUUGCAUGUGAAGCUGGUCUGAUCCCCCAAUUUUAUUGACCUCAGCCACUGCUCUCUUCUGCUCUCCGUUGAGAGGUGUGACUAUUAGAGCGGCCCAAAACAAAAACUGCAAUCGGUGCACCCUUAGUGACAAGCGAGAAAAAUGUUUUGUGUAGAUCCAGUUUACUUCAUCACAAGAAGAUUCACACGGGUUAGAAACCUUUCUGUUGUAGAUUCUGUAGAAAAGGUUUCGCUCAAAAGAAAUGUAACCGUUCACAUGAGAACUCACAGGUUUAAUGGUACAAUGUGAACCUCAAGUAAGAUUCUUGGUAACCUGAUGUUUGGAAGUGGAGUAAUUGCAGGUUUGACUACUUUCAGAUUUAGACUUCUAAAAUUUUGGAAUCUUGUGUGUUUAUUCUUUGUAAUUUUAUUUAAAUGAUUUGGGGAAAUGGAUGUAUUUAUUUGACAUGGUUUUAAUGCUUAGAAAACGUAUUGAUGAUGUGGAUUGAAUUUUAGAUAGAAAAAUUAUUUAAACUUUUAAUAUAAUUUUUAGGUAAUAAAUUAUUAUACUGAUGAUACUGAUGGUCUUUUUCUUUUUUCUGUUUAGUAGAAAACAUUAAAUCGGGAAAACGUUUAUAUAUACUGC